CGCAAACCGCACAGUUCGGUGUUCGGGAAAAGUGUAAAAUAUAUUUCUAACACGCCAAAACUUUUUAAAACUCAAACAUUUUAUAUUUACCCGCAAAGUUUUUAACAGAACUUGGGGAACACUGAUAUCGAUUUCGUUGCUCCAUAAUUUUGGAUUAAAAAACCGAACUGUCAACUGUCAGAAAGCGCGCCAACACAGAUUAAAUAAUUUUCAAUUUAAAUACAGAUUAAAAAUCAAUUUUCCGCUCUCAGAAUGAUGAAGAAAGUGAUCGUAAUUUUGACGUUAUUAGUGUGUUGUUAUUGUUUGGAAAGCAAUGAACAAUUACCGGAGGAAGCGAGGGCGAAGAAAAAGAAAGGAACCUUAAGACUUUUGGCAAUCGCAGCGCUUGUAGUGCUAUCAAAGCUGGCAGUAGUAAAAGUGGCAUCAUUCUUCUUCCUGGUGGCGUUUUUCCAAAAAGUCUUCUAUUUGGGGGGAGUACUCCUCAAUUACUACAUGAAGAACCAAUCGGGUCCUUCUGGCUCCUCAAUGAUGUACGGUCCUCCCCAGGAGUACAACACUGUUGGGUAUAGCUAUGAGCCUGGAGAACCAGAGCCGUUCCAACCUCAGGAUUCUCUACCUAAUAUUGCUGAUGUCAGCAAUGGGUUUAAUUGGUUGUUUAGCAAGACUCAACCUUAGAUUUUUAAUGUCUGGACUGUUUUUUGAUUGUACUUC